UCGCAAAAAUAUCAACGUAAACAAAAGUUCGCCAAGUUGAACGUCCUUUGAGCAGCGUCCUCGAGAAAUAAGCACUUUCUGAUGAAUUAACGCACUGAUUUUAGUUUUUCACUGUGAAUUUUAUUUAAAUUAUUAGUUUAAAGUUCUUGACGUGGCUGCCCGAAUCCCGUAGCAGUGUAAUUUGUGUUAAAGGAUCGAUUUUAGAGCAAGCUGAAAAAUGAUCAGUAGCGUUACUAGUCAGCAACAGCUUUCCGAAAACAUUUCCUCCCUGUGCCGAAUUUGUUCCGCACCAGGAUCGCACUCACUGUUUGCCAAAAUACCGCCGUACCUGCACGAACACCCGAGGGAAUGUGGCCGCUGGAAGAAGCCGAUCCACAAGCUGGUAACGGAAGUUACCGGAUUGGAUAUUUCCGAGGACGACGGUCUUCCGCUGAAGAUUUGUGUGCUGUGUAUUUCUUAUUUGAAGCAUGCCUACACCUUUCGACGGCAGGCUAUCGACAAUGCGGCUGCCCUUUUGGCUGCAAGGUAUAUUGUGGGAACCCAAAUUGACAAAACCAAGGGGGAUGAUGAAAUGGUGAUCCCUACUGGAUUGGUCGUUCCGACUGUUGUCAGACCGGAAGUGAACGGAGUUUGCUACCGGAUGUUAAACUUUGGUCGAUCCGAUAAUGCGGGAAAGAAUGUUCCUUUCCAGAAAAGUUUGGAUAAGGAAGUGUUGCAGCAGGUACUCAUCAGUGGCGGAAACGGAAAGUCGAUGAAAAAGCAGAACAACAUUGAAGAGGAGCAGAGGAAUAUUUAUGAAGCUAAUCAGAGCAGGAACUGGGGAGCGUCUCCGAAUACGGCUCUAUCGGAUUCGAAUGGCUUCUUUUCCUAUACCGAGAAGGAAUUCGAAGAAGACGACAUCAUGGAGCUGGACGCGCUCAAGGAAGUAACGUUCAACCUUCCGGAGGACUACAAGGAGAAAAAAUGCCCCUCCUGUCGAAAGCGUUUCAUGUUCGACGAAUCGUUGAACGAACAUCUAAAGGACUGUCUCCAGUUUAAGCUGGUCAAGUUUGUUCGGGAGGUGUACCAUUUGCUAUUCCUCAAAGAGAAUCAUUCCAUAUCACCGUUCGAAUUUAUUCGACGGAUUGUAUUUUCGAUAAGAAAAAGUGUGCAAAUUAUUGCUAGUUAUGAUGGCGGAAUCGAGGAGGAGGAAGAAGAAGAUAAUUCCGAAGUCCUCGCUGUUAAGGUUGAAGCGGAAACUCCGUUCAAAAUAGAUCGAUCCUUUUUGAGAAAUCUCGAAAAGCUCCGCAACAAUUACAAUCAAGAAGGUAUUAAAAUAGAAACACCUGCCACAAUCGAACUGUCAGCACAACAAAGAGAUGAAGAAAGAGCAUCUUCGACAACCGGAUCGGCUUCGAUCUCACCUGUUAUAUCGACCAUUACUCGAUGUGAAGAAUGCCAAGUACCUUUUGAAACGGUCGCCGAACUAGAAGCACACAACCUGAACUAUCACUGCGAAAUGCCUCUGGAAACGUUCAACAACCUUACUCCGAUGAAGUUUACUCAUCCUCCACCACCAUUGCCACUAAACUUAAACAUCCCUCCACCUCGGGAGGUUGGAAUCAUCCGAAAUCGACUGCUCUCCCCCAAAACACCGGACUUCUCAAUCAGCCAACAAAUAGCCAUCCCAAAAGAAGGAACCCCCGUUUCCACGCCACAAUUCAAAAAAGUCCAAUGCAGCAACUGUAAGAAAGAUUUCGACAUGAUGGCCCAGCUGGACAAGCAUCGAAUUCGUUGUCAAAAGUCCCCAGCACCGCAAUCCCAGCGCGAGAGUCCACUGGAUCGCAAACGCAAAAACCUAAACGAAAGCUACUUCUAUCAAAUGGAACGCUUGCGGAAUCAAAUGUAACAGUAACACAUCCUGACCAUCGUAUUUGUUUUCCCCGGUCAGUUUCCGCACUACUUGUCGACAAAAACGCCGUGAUAUUACUUUUACGUAUACUUAACUACAUACCUACUUUGUGUUUGUGAGUAUUAUCGUUUUUUCGCGUAUGGAACUUCGUAGGUUUUCAACACCACUUUUCAAAAAACUCAACUAUUAGUUAAGACCAAUCGCCCUAAACUUUAACGAAUAUGAUAAAGCACAAACGUUUUUAUACUCCCUAGGUUUUGUUUUAAAUCGUUUUGACACAAACACGAACACGUAAUACAAAUGAGUUUUGUAUAUGAAAGCUUGUAGACUCAGUUUUUUUUUCUUGAUUUCUAAAACUCCGAAAUAACUGAUUUUCUUUAAGAAUUCUAGCAUUUGACCAUUUUAAGAUGGCCAUUUUUAGUUGGUGAUAUUUUUCUUCUA